GUUCUAAGCUUUUAGCCAUUUCGAACUCUAAAAAACCAACUGUCAUUAGAUGAUUCUUUGAAUUCUUCUGCUCAUGCAGUGUUCAACUUAAUCGCCUCCCCGAACAAGCUAAGUCAGCCUAACUUUGCACAAAUGGAUGGAACUACACAAGAACACUACAAUUCCAAUAAGAACCAUGAAAACUUUGUUCUCCAAGUUUCAAAAACAAAGUUUAACCCCCCAAAAAAAAUAUAAAUAAAUAAAUAAAGGAAAAGUUAACGCAUGGUUUUGCCCGCCAACCUGAAGUGUCUUGAAAUUUGAGGCGGAGACCGUACGUAUAACAAGUCUGGCCUUCGGGGCACGAAUUAAAACGCUAGAUCCGUAGAAAUGCUCUCUAACUCCCUUAAAUCCCUAGUUCCCCUUUGCCUUGGAAAUUUUCAUACCCAACCCUAAUCUCCCUUCUGCCACAUGCAUCAUCCCCAACCCUAAAUUCCCUUGUGCCCCAAUUUAUCAUGGGGCGUCGGAAGAAAUCCCAAGCUUCCAAGCUCACCUCGGGUCAAGAUGACGACCCCCAUGACAACUUAUCGGAGAUCAGGAAAGCUUUAGUCGAAAAUGCCGCCCUCCAAGCCCAACUGAAGAAGGAGCUUUGCCUGCUACGCGCCAGUGAACCCGAAACGAAGAGCGCAAAUCCCACUGUGGUCGCUGGCAGUUCCAAGCGCAGGCCGUUGGGUCAAGACUCCCUCAAUAUGUUGCCGGCUUCCUAUGUGCUCGAUCCUUGCCCAAGGUCAGUGACUUGUGAAUGCGGGAAGAGUGUGGCUAGCAUGAAGCAGCCAAAGCAAGCAGAACAAACCAAGUGUGAGAGUGUGGCCAGCAUGAAGCAGCCAAAGCAAGCAGAAGAAACCAAGUGUGAGAGUGUGGCCAGCAUGAAGCAGCCAAAACAAACAGAAGAAACCAAGUGUGAGGGAACAGUCAAGAAGAGAUCCAAACCAAUUGCAAAGCAGAGUUGGAAACCACCGAUAACAGGAAUGCCUCUUUGGCUCCAAGCACCUCUACCGGAAACAGAACUCUUGCCCAGAAGAAAAUAAUCUUGCUGAAGGAGGAAGCACUUCCUUUUACUCAUUUCACUCUGUUAGACUGUUGCUGCUCCAUCUGUUGACUGUAAAAGUAAGUUCUGAAUUACAUUUGGGUUUUGAUAUUCCUUUUGCCCCUUGCUUGUUCUAUUCUACUGUAAUUGUGGUCCUACUCUUCAUCAAACACUUGAAUGUUUUAUGCAACAAUUUUAAAGAAUGUUUCAUAUAUCAUAUAUAUAUAUAUAUAUAUAUGAGAAUGGUUUUAGGC